AUGCGUACAGAUAAAUUAGGAAUUUACCUUGUUGGGAAGAGGAAGACCCAUGGGAGGGUUAUUCGCCUGUCGCAGGGUGGGCUGCGUGCCCGCUCGAGGGAAUUCACCACAGGGGGGGGUGUUGAGGCCCCCGCUCUCGGUGCCCUGGCGAAGGUCCUUAUCGACCCGAUGAGUUCGACACAGAGACCACAUAGGGACAAAAUUUUUUCGGCCUACACGAAAAGCUAUAUCCAUAAGGAGAGCGAACAAACCCUCAUUCUAUGUCUAAAGAGAUUAAACGAGUUGGAAAAGAGCAAGAAGGAUGCAAAAUUAUCGCAGUACAUAUAUGAACUGCAAAACUUAUCAAAAUCAAAGGUGAUGUAUAACGUAUUGAAACAAAUAAAGUUAGUUCAUAAUUUAUUUGAAAGUGUUAACACACAGAUAGGAACUGAGUCCUUAUCUCCGUCACUCCUACUUUCAGUUGCCAUGAGUUACAAAAAAUUACGCCUUAAUAAAUACACCUAUUUUAAAAACGUACUGCGAGCUGUAUGUAACAAUAUAAAGGUGUACAAGACGAACAAGUUAACGAAACUACUUUCGUCGGAAGGUGGGAAUGUCGAAAACAGCGAUGAUUACAAACAUACGGUGGAGUUGAUAAAAAGGAUGAAUAAUCGGAAUAAGAAGCGAAGAAGAAUCAACAUGUUAAAUGUUUACACCAAUGUACUGAACAAUAGCACUCUGAGUUAUAUUCUCUAUGCCUACUCUACUAUGUUUUGCUCGCCCAAUGAGUAUGUUCUAUAUAUGUGCAAAUAUAUCCUUCUAAAUUCAUGCAUGAUGAACCACCUAGAUAUGUUAUGUAUUCUACACUUCUUGAGAAGGAUAAGUGUUAAAAUACGUAAGAGCGAUAUCGUGGUAUAUUCGAAUGUGAAGGCACCGAUGCGACGUGGAGAAGAAACAAUAUUUGGUAAGCUAGAUGUUGCGAAAGACGAAGAACAGUUAAUCAGUAGAGAUAGCACCAUCCAUGAUGACAAGAAGCAGAAUAUUCGUCGGGACAAUUCCACCGUGACUGAGGGAGAAAACAAAUUUAUUCUUAACCACAGUAGUCAUUUGAAAGGCCAAGGCACAAAGAACCCGUAUGAUGAACACAGGAACACCUACAUGAAACUCCUCAGAUGUAUAAUUCAUAUCCUAAAAAAGAGAAAAACACAUUUCUGUGAAAAUCCAACUAUCUUAAUAUCCAUUCUCUAUAAUUUUUACAAACUUAACUUGGUUCCCAUUGAAAUAUUUUACUCUUUUCAUAACCGCAUAAAGAAGGAAAUAAAAAAUGUAGAAAUAAAAUCUGUUGCUCUUUAUUUACACAUUUUGAGUGAUAUUCAGUUUGAUCUUAGAAGCUAUAAAUGCUUGUAUAAACAUUUGGCAUCCGUUUUUGAGGAUCGUCAGAAGCAUUUCGAUCUGUUGUCCGUGUGCUUGUCUUUUUACUCUCUCUCCAAGAAUAGGCAUUACGAGGAGUCCUUCGUGCGCGUCUGCCUGGACCUGUUCCGUAGGCACCCCCACAACCUGAACGACGUAAAUAUCACUAAUGUGAUUCACACAAUGGGCAAAAUAAAAAUAGCCGACGAUGACUUGCUCCACAAGUUAUGCCAAGUAGUAACAAACAGGAUAGAUAAUAUCUCUGCGAUAAACCUGAGCCUGAUUGUCCUUAGCUUAGCAAAAUUGAAUUAUCAGAAUAGCGAUUUCUACCUUCUAUGUAUGAAUAAGGGCAAGGAGCUAUUGUCGGUCUUCACAGAGAAGCAGUUAGUUGUAUUCACCUACGGAUUGGUGUUAUCUCAAACGUUCAAUUAUCCUUUCAUGGAAAUGUUCUUUAGACAAUAUAUAAGAAUUAAUAAUACCAGUAACGUUAAAAGAAGGCAGAUGUUAUGCACCAUUUGUUAUUGCAUAUAUGUGGAGAGACCAUCCUUUUUGAAUAACUUUCCUCUAUCCAUUAACAGUUUUUUGAAGAAGAACAUACAUUUUGUGCAGGACAAAGAGCGUGGAAAAAUGCACGAAGAGAUGGCUAUCAUUUUGAAGCACCUACGUGUAGACCGAUUUGAAAUAUUGAAGAGAAAAAAACCAUAUGUGUUUGAUAUUUCCAUUGGGGGAGAAACAGGAGAAAGAGAAUUCUAUAUAGAUUUCCUACUUCCGAAAAAACUGCUGCGGAAUUCAUGCAGCCUCAAUGGAUUCCACCAGAUGAAAAAGCGCCACAUGGAUUUGCUUAAUGUGAACCUCUUUCAUCUGGACUUGGACUCGUACAUGGGUCUGCAGACCAUGCAAGACAAGGUGAAUUUUGUUCGCCUCUUCUUGAAGGAUGUGUGCUCUUACAAUUUGAACCACCUAAAUGAAGCUGACAGGGGGAAGAGAAAAGAAAUAAUCAACCUGGUUCGGUUCUGCGAGGAGGCUACCCAGGUGGCAAGUACCUCAGCUUCACAGAGGGAUGGUCAUCUCAUCAAGAACCGAGGUUAUCACAUCUUCCCAUCGUGCGGGAAAAUCGAGAAUGCAAAAAAAGGCCUUCAGAAAGGUCUCCCUGCGAGAGUGAAUUACGAAGAGCCACUUAAAAAAAGAAAACAGAUUUUCCUUGACAUUGAUGAAGAGAAGUUUUUCAGUGGUAGUGACUUGGAUUCGUCGACUAAGCGGAAAGACCACAUGGUAGCACACCCUGUGGACACACAUGACGGUUCCACCCAUUUGGAGUACUCCUCCCCGAAAAAGGAAACUUUUCUAUUUGGAACCAAAUGUCACGGGUUAAACAAACACGAGUACCUUGAUGAGCGCAGUGGGAAAAUUGUUAUCACGAGAGGGUACGGGGUUGGAAUGUAG